GGAACAGACACUCCUGAACGCAGGCAUCUAGACUCUCGGAACUGGAGAACGCGACUACUAUCUCACCGUGCUAUGGCUCCCCCGCCUCAGGUUACACAAUGGUUGCAGCGUGCUUAUCCCCGUCCGAGGGUGGACCAAGAAUGGCUCAACGACUGCUAUAACUGGGUCAGAGAGGAAUACAACUACGAGCCAGUGACGCACAUGGACCAAAUCAUACACAAUGUGGACAUACAGCUGCUGGAAUCCGAUCUCAGGGAUUCCAUGGUGCCCGGAACAGGGCUACCCCAGAUCUCACCUGACACUAAGGAGACGACGAUACAUGGACCUAUUCUCGUGCAAGUCCUUAGCAUAAUGGAGAUCGGACAGAGCGCGUUUUCGUUGAUGAGCGUCCGGCAAGCGAAGCUCGAGCGUGCGGAUAUGGCGGGUCUCGCGGGGGAAGAGGACGACGAGGACGAAGGGCCUAUCCCAUCUUACCCGCGUUCAAUGCUUCGUUUCGAGCUCACAGACGGCUCGAUCACCCUGCCUGCUGUGGAACACCGUCGCUUGCCAGAUUUCAAGCUCGGAGAGAGCAGGCUCGGCCUUAAGGUGAGCGGUAGCCUCCCUAUUUGGUUCUGCGUUAGAUGCACGCCCAAUCCACGCCCCAACCUACACUGGUCUUUUCCUUCCCGGCUCGACAAGCCGUAG